AUGUCAAGAGCAUUAUCAUCGACUAGAGUUUUAAUCGAUACAAGCAUUAUCCCAGCUACAAUCAUAUUCUCGUGUGAGACUGGAAAAAUCCUUGAAGUGAUUCCCAAAGUCUUGUCUCCAGGUGAUCCAAUACUUCAAGCGUACAAUGUCUUACCAAUAGACUAUAGAAAUGUUUCACCUGCAGUAAUUAUGCCAGGGUUGGUGGAUGCACAUGUGCACUUAAACGAGCCUGGACGAACCGAAUGGGAAGGGUUUGAAACUGGAACUAAAGCAGCUGCUUCUGGUGGUGUUACUACUGUUAUCGACAUGCCUCUAAAUGCUAUCCCUCCAACCACAACCGUGGGGAAUUUUAACUUGAAAAUUAAUGCUGCCAAGGGUCAAACGUGGGUGGAUGUUGGGUUUUGGGGUGGAUUAAUUCCAAGUAAUAUUUCUGACUUGAAACCAUUGAUUCGAAUGGGUGUUCGUGGAUUUAAAGCAUUUUUGAUUGAAUCAGGAGUAGAUGAGUUUCCAGCUAUUGAAUCUAAGCAUAUUCUUGCUGCAAUGAAAGAAGUCAAGGACGAAAAGACAAUGUUGAUGUUCCACGCGGAAAUGCAACCACCAGAAUCCGCAGCAACAGUAUCUUUCAGUAUUCCUGAAGAUGACGACGAGGAGGAGGAAGAUAUCAAUGAAGAAGACAUUACAAAAUUUAGUAGUUCUGCCGAUACCUUAACAGUAGAUAUUGAGGAUUUCAAUUUGGGAAUGUCUGCUAGUUUCAUAAAUAGAGCACCACCACCAGUUGUCAAAUUAUUAGCCAACGAUCAAGGAGACCACCACGAAGAACAUGAAAAUUGUCGUUUACCACACAAUCAUGCGGGAUCAAUGAACCAUUCAGUUUUAACUGACCAGCAGGCAAGAGCAUUAGCACAUACUCCUAUUUUAGCCGGUGCUGAACCAACGUAUGGGAAACAUGCCAGAAAAGUUAACCACCACCACCAAUCACCUUAUUAUUUUGCAGAAGAAGAUACAAAAGUUAGUACUCCGUUGUUAUUGGCUCAAGAAGAAGACUCCACGUUGAAAAACAUCGACGCCACUUCGUAUGCUUCAUUCUUGGCUUCAAGACCAGAUAACUUUGAAACAACAGCAAUAGCAGAAAUCAUCAAUUGUUCAACUUUAUUACCAUCUGUUCCAUUGCACAUUGUCCACUUGGCGACCCACGAGGCGAUUCCAUUAUUGCGUGCAGCCAAGGCCAGAGGAUUACCGAUUUCUGCAGAGACGUGUUUCCAUUACUUGUCGUUGUGUGCAGAAAGAAUAGGCAACUGUUCAACCCAUUUCAAGUGUUGUCCACCAAUCAGAACAGAUGACAACAGGAAGUUAUUAUGGAGAGCUCUUCGUAAUGAUAUAAUCACUACAGUUGUUUCUGAUCAUUCACCAUGUACUCCUGAUCUCAAGGGUUUGGAAAAGGGUGAUUUUUUUGAAGCAUGGGGAGGUAUUUCAUCUGUUGGUUUUGGAUUACCGAUAUUGUACACCGAAGGUUUAAAAUUACAACCACCAAUUUCAUUAGCCGAAAUAAACAAAUGGUGUUCUCUUAAUACUGCAAAACAAGUGGGAUUGAGCCACUGCAAGGGUCAAAUCAAAGUUGGAUUCGAUGCUGAUUUGUUGGUCUUUGAUACCGAAUCGAGGUACAUUAUUGAAAAUAAAGAGACCUAUUUUAAAAAUAAACUCACUGCAUAUGAUGGGAUGGAAUUCCAAGGUCGAGUCUUAGAAACAAUGGUUAGAGGUCAUCGUGUAUAUGCUUUUGGUAGGGGCCAUUCUAGUAAACCAUUGGGUAAACUCAUAUUGGAACCACGUACGGAAUAG